AUGCAAAAAAUUCUAGGUAUACUUGCAUCAUUGUUCGGCUCAGGAUUCAUUAUUGAGCGUGCCAAAAAGAUUAUCCGUAGAAGAAGGCUGAAUCCAACGGCGGCCAAUACCAUUAGAAUAAUGGUUAGAUAUUUGUUUACAUCGUCACCCGACCCAUCAGAUGAAGGUGAAUUGACUAUUGGUGACGACAUAGUCGGAGAAGGAGUUUCUCGAGUCUUUAUCGAUGGAGAAUCGAUCUGUGUAGAUGAUAUGAAUGUCGUUGAUGUACUUUUACCAUCACUAAACAAUCAUAAAUUAAAGCUCAUUAGACAGCCGUUUAAGAAUCACGCCAAAAAAGCGAUAGCUAGCAUUGUCAUAUGUUUGGCCAUUACUGUUGAUAAUUGUCUUGUACCACUAAGUUCUUCUAGUCAGUCAGAUAGAAGUAUGAUGAAGAAGUGGGUAACGGCGAGACUCUAUUAUAUUACUAGAAAGAUGGACGACGGCAAGCUGCAAACAGGCGACAGCACUACCAUAGUUCACACUGUAAAUGAGGAUAUUUCCAUAACUGUAACAGAGACUGUUGAUAUUAAUACCGAUAGCACUAACUUCCAAGAAGACAAUAUGUCAAAAGACUCGACGAAAGGCUCUCCUUUCGCCUUUACUACCACCCAACUGUCAUCUCUUGUAGACCCGAAAGACAUAAUAAUAACACCGCCAUUAGAACCAAUAACUUUAGAGGAAAUAUUUGGAAAAAAACAAUCAGAUGCUACAAAUCAUACAUCAUCUACGACAUUAACUACUCCUUUUGAACAACGAAUAAGUGCGUUUGGUGUCAAUGUCCUUCCCACCCGUAAACCAAAAUCAAUAUUCGCGCUAAUGAGGAUAGCCAUGCAAGACAAAAUAUUAAUCUUACUCGCCAUUGCUGCUGUUAUAUCCCUUGGGUUAGGGUUGUACGAAGAUUUCGGAGUCAAGCAUCCUGAUGGAGUACAACAACCAAAGAAAGAAAAACAAUUUCAAAAACUGAAUGCAAAGAAAGAGAGUAGAGACGUUAAGGUUAUUAGUGAUGGUAAAGAGCAGCUGCUGUCAGUACACGAAAUUCUAGUAGGCGAUUUGUUACAAUUGGAACCUGGUGAUAUUAUUGCUGUUGAUGGAGUAUUGGUCAAUGGUCAUAAUCUCAAAUGUGACGAAUCGGCCGCUACUGGAGAAAAUGAUCAUUGGACAGAGCAUGUUCAAUUGGCUGUUACUCUUGCUCUGCUAUACAGAGGAGAAGCAUUGUUGAAUUACAGGGAUGAUCAGUUACCGUUCAUAGUUAACUUUGGCAGAGCUGCAUUCCAAGUGACUAGCUUAACUGGAGAGCAAUGGGCUAUUCCGUUAGGUCUUGGAUUUAUAUCUAUUCCAGUCGGAGUAAUUAUACGAUUGAUUCCUAACGCGCCAUUACAACGCUUAAUAUCUUGUUUGAAAAUACCUGGACAGAAGAAAGGAAAGCCAGCUAAACGUUCAGAUACAUUUGGACUUGGUAAAGAUGAAUGA